AUGGAGUUGAGGAAGCGACAUGGAAGCUUGAGAAUACGAUACAUGAACGAUACUCGCAUCUGUUUCCACUGUGAGGCUGUUCUUCGAUCAUCAUGGGAAGAUGAGAAAACGUCGAACGUUUCUGCCAAUAUAGAAGUUUCAUCUAAAAGUGAUGGAUGCGAACAACUGCGGCGACAGAAGAUUGGUGAAAACCUUGAGUUCUUACCGGAUAAAAAAAUUUGCGAGUCCAGAAAAGAGGGCAUUAAUAUUAUUUUUGAGGGGAAUUACAAAGUACCGGGUGCGGUAAAACGCCUUCCCAAAGCUGAUUACGACGUGGACGCUAAUAAGAUUAAGCUUUUAACUACACAAUCUCAGUACCUUCCAAAUGUAGUAAGAUAUUAUGGCAUGGAAUGUGAUGAUGACCAAGAGUGUUUUUAUCUCGUCACGGAGCAGCAAAACUGGGGUACGACAUUCAACUUGGAUGAACUGAUCAAAACGGACUUAGCAAUUAAUACCAACUCGUUUGAGGCCGUGACAGAAGACGGUCUCAGCUCUACAUCUGUGGCUGUGCUAGAUGACAGGUUGGAGGCAGUGAAGAACAUUGUUGGAGAUUUUAAUCUCAUUCCGGAAAAUGGGGGUCGAAUUCCUGAUUUAUCAUAUACAUUACUGAGGGAAGUGCUUUAUGGGCUUGUUCAGUUAAAUGAUAUAAUGGAAAUAAGUCACGGAGAGUUGAAGCCCGAAAACAUCCUAAUAAUUAAGAAAGAAUCAUCCUGGCGCGUAAGGCUUUCUGAUAUUGACAUAAGCAAAAAGCCUCCAACGAAGAGUUAUAAUAAAUCAUAUUCUUACUUGAGUGGCUUUAUUCCUGCACGUAAUGAUCGCGGGAUCCAGAUAGGGGUUGAUGAUAUGUAUGCUUUUGGCAAACUUUUCUCGUAUUGCAUCACUGGUAGAUCUGAAUUUGGUGAUUGGAGGACGGUAACAAACAAGAGGGGCUCAUCCUUGUUGAAUUAUCCUGAAGCUUAUCAACUUUACUGUUGUUUGUCAAGCAGGAAUCCUGCAGAAAGUCUAACAGCGAAGGAGGCAUUGCACCAUCCACAUUUUUGGGAUCCGGAGAAGAAACUUGCAUUUCUUCGCGACAGUUAUAAUAAAGUAUACGAAUUUGAGCACAGUACAGGUCUUCUCAAGGAGCUGGAUUCUAUUUCAUGGAAAGUUAUAGAAGGAAAAUGGAAGGGAGAGAAUGUUAAAACAUGGAACAAAAGGAUUGAUGGAGAAAUAGUUGAUUAUGCAGAAGAUCAAUUAAGAAAGUACAGCAAUCCCGAUAGUACUUAUAAAUAUAAAAGCUUUCCAGAAUUAUUGCGGUUUAUUCGACACAUGUUCGUUCAUUAUGGACGCCAUCCACAAAAUAUUCAGAAAUCCAUAGGAUCACUGUAUAAAGGUUUCUAUGACUACUUUGAAAGUAAAUUCCCAAAUCUCUUGAUUGAAGUCUACAAGGCUGUAAAGAAAUGGUGUGGGAAAGAUGAAUAUUUUUGCAGAUAUUUCCAAGACCAUAACUGA